AUGCCAAAAUCUUCACUCUUCUUCUGUACACUACUGUUAGUAUUUGCUUUCGCAGAUGCUGAAUUACUGAGAAAAACAUUUAUCAUUCGCGUUCAACGCGAUGCAAAACCUUCUAUUUUCCCUACCCACAAGCAUUGGUAUCAAUCGACUCUCAGAUCCCUCUCUCCCACUGCAAUUGACCAAAAAUCGUCCGAUUCUACUGAUGUAAUUCACACUUACGAUACUGUUUUCCAUGGCUUUUCUGCUAAGCUCUCUACUUCGGAAGCUCAAAGGCUGGAAACUUUAUCUGGGAUAGUAGCUGUGAUUCCUGAGCAAGUGAGGCACGUCCAUACGACACGCUCCCCGGAAUUUCUUGGCUUAAAAACAAGCGACAGUGCUGGGCUGUUGAAGGAGUCGGAUUUCGGGUCGGAUCUUGUUAUUGGAGUCAUUGACACCGGGAUCUGGCCUGAGAGAGAGAGUUUUAAUGAUCGUGAGCUGGGUCCUCUUCCAACCAAAUGGAAGGGCCAGUGUGUCGCCGGAGAAAAUUUUCCCGCGACCUCGUGCAACCGGAAACUCAUUGGAGCCAGGUAUUUUUCCUCUGGGUAUGAAGCCACUAACGGGAAAAUGAAUGAAACGGUAGAGUUUCGGUCUCCGAGAGACUCCGAUGGGCAUGGGACUCACACGGCAUCUAUAGCCGCCGGAAGGUACGUGUUUCCGGCUUCAACUCUUGGUUACGCUCGCGGCGUUGCAGCUGGAAUGGCUCCCAAGGCACGGCUUGCGGCUUAUAAAGUCUGCUGGAACGCCGGCUGCUAUGAUUCUGACAUACUGGCAGCAUUUGACAUCGCUGUUGCAGACGGUGUUGACGUCAUCUCUUUAAGCGUCGGUGGAGUAGUUGUGCCGUACUACCUGGACGCUAUAGCAAUUGGAGCGUUCGGCGCCUCAGACGCCGGAAUAUUCGUGUCCGCCUCCGCCGGAAACGGCGGGCCCGGAGGUCUCACCGUUACCAACGUUGCACCCUGGGUCACCACUGUAGGCGCGGGAAAUAUCGAUCGUGACUUCCCUGCCGACGUCAAGCUCGGUAACGGAAAAAUAAUCUCCGGCGUCAGCGUCUACGGUGGACCAGCUUUGGCGCAACAUAAUCUCUACCCGCUAAUAUACGCAGGUAGUGAAGGAAGUGACGGGUACUCUUCUUCACUUUGUUUAGAAGGUUCAUUAGACCCUAACAUUGUGCAAGGGAAAAUUGUAUUGUGCGAUAGAGGGAUUAAUUCAAGGGCUUCUAAAGGUGAAGUGGUGAAAAAGGCAGGUGGCAUUGGAAUGAUUUUGGCAAAUGGAGUUUUUGAUGGUGAAGGAUUGGUGGCUGAUUGCCACGUGUUGCCGGGGACGUCUGUUGGGGCAUCUGCCGGCGAAGAAAUCAGAAAGUACAUCACGGAAAUGUCAAAGUCUAAAACUCCGGCAAUGGCUACAAUAAUCUUUAAAGGUACUAGGGUUAAUGUCCGGCCCGCUCCGGUCGUGGCCUCGUUCUCGGCUAGAGGGCCUAAUCCUGAGACACCGGAGAUUUUAAAACCUGAUGUUAUUGCACCAGGAUUGAAUAUACUAGCAGCCUGGCCGGAUGGUGUUGGGCCGAGUGGAAUUCCAUCUGAUAAAAGGAGGACCGAGUUCAAUAUAUUGUCGGGGACAUCAAUGGCUUGCCCUCAUGUUUCUGGGCUUGCAGCAUUGUUGAAGGCUGCUCAUCCUGAAUGGAGCCCUGCGGCAAUUAGGUCUGCUUUGAUGACAACAGCUUAUACAGUGGAUAAUCGUGGUGAAACGAUGUUGGAUGAAUCAACAGGGAAUUCAUCGACCGUGAUGGAUUAUGGAGCGGGUCAUGUGCAUCCUCCGAAGGCUAUGGAUCCAGGAUUGAUUUAUGAUUUGAGUUCUUAUGAUUAUGUGGAUUUCCUUUGUAACUCGAAUUAUACGACCAAGAAUAUUGAAAUUGUUACUAGGAAGUAUAAGGAUUGCAGUGGAGCGAAAAGGGCUGGCCAUGUGGGGAAUCUGAAUUACCCUUCACUCUCAGCUGUGUUCCAACAAUAUGGAAAGAACAAGACGUCGACUCAUUUCAUCAGGACAGUCACCAACGUUGGAGAAUCAAAUUCUGUGUAUGAAGUGACGAUUAAUCCACCAAAGGGAUUGGUGGUGACUGUGCAGCCGGAGAGGCUUGCGUUUAGGAGGGUCGGGCAAAAACUGAACUUUCUAGUGAGGGUACAAGUCCGGAAAGAGAAACUCUCCCCUGGGAAUUCAAUAUUGAAGAGUGGGUCUAUAGUGUGGUCGGAUGGGAAGCACGACGUGACAAGUCCAAUAGUCGUGACAAUCCAGCAGCCCCUGUAG